UAGUCUUGAAUUUCAUUCAAAUGAUAUCAUUGUAAGAUAUAAAUCGAUAUAUACAAACGAUGCAUAUGGAUGUACCCAAUUCAUUUACUGUGAUUAUAUAAAUCAUAUUUGGUAUGGCCAUGAUGCUUAGAUAUUCAUCAAUCUUUAGACAAUCGUUUCGAUGGAUCGGGCAACCAAUACGAUGUAAAUCAUCUGCAAACACGGGUAUUCAAUGUGAACAACGAGAUCAGGUAUAUUGGAUCCGUUUGGAUAGGACCAAACAAUAUAAUGCCAUAUCGUUGGAACUGUAUGCUCAGUUGACAAAAAUAUUGCAACAAGUAGCCAAAAAUGAUCAUAUCAAAUUAGCUAUUGUAACAGGAAAUGGACCAUACUUUUCCAGUGGUAAUGAUUUGAGUAACCAAUUUUCGAGGACGGACAUGGAACGAAUCAAACUGACAGAAUACAUGGUUGACUUAUGUAGGCAAUUUGUUGGAACGGUCAUUGAUUUUCCUAAGCCUUUGAUUGGAGCAAUCAAUGGUCCAGCAUUUGGAAUAAUGUUCACCAUUCUUGGCCUAUUCGAUUGUUUGAUAGCCACCGAUCGAACGUAUUUCAUUAGCCCAUUUAGUUCACUUGCAAUUUCACCUGAAGGAUGUUCAACGUUUACAUUUCCAAGAAUAUUCGGUCCAUCUCUUGCUUCCGAAUUGCUUUACUUUAAUCGUCGUCUUGAAGUGGCCGAAGCACAUCGUCUUGGAUUCGUAUCUCGAAUCAUUCCAAAUGAUCAAUGGAAUGAUCAUAUAGAACAAUGGAUUUAUGGCCAACAAGGAUUAGUGAAAACAUGUUAUGCAAAUUCAAUGAUGAAUGCGAAAUCUUUGGUACGAAACCAACAGAUUCGUAAUGAACUUCAUCAAACGAAUCGAAGAGAAUGUGAAUUACUUUUUAAACAUUUUCUUUCCGAUGAAUGUACUGCUCGAUUGGAAAGUUUUUUUUCAAGAAAAAAAUAAAAAAUUCAUUCGAAAAUGAAA